AUGCCAAUGGAGCAAGUCUACGGGCACUGCGACAAAGACACCCUGAAGAUGGCCAUGCUGAAGCAUGAGGAGACAUUCAGGCAGCAGGUUCACGACCUCCAUCGCCUUUACAGAAUCCAGAAGCUUCUGAUGCGAAACCUCAAGAGGGAGAUCAAGAGCCAGCAGAGCAACUUGUCCGCCUCCCCCAACGGCUCCGGCGGCGCCGAGAACAACUGCGGCCACAGAGCGGCCUUGCUCGACGUGUGCUCCUACGAGCAGCAGUGGCCAGGCGCCGCCGCCACCACACGCCGCGGCAGCCACGCGGCUGCGACGCCACGCGCCGCGCAGCGUGCCGUGGAGGUCGAGUAUGCCGCGCAGCUGAGCCCGGAGGCGACCGACGACGAGGAGGCGGAGUUGGAGCUCACGCUCGCCGUGGGCAACGGCGCCGCCAAGAAGCGGUACAGCAACGAGCACUGCUCCCCCGGGCAGAGCUUCUCGUCGUCGUCGACAGAGUCUGACACGCUCGUCGGCAGCCGGGAGUGGCAGCACCAGCAGCUGGUCUGCAGCGGCGCCGGCCUGCCGUACCACAAACGGAGGCCGGCAGGGUUCGACGUGGUGCAGGUGGCGGAGGACGGCGCGGUGCAGCAGCCUUCGCCCCUGCUGUUCCACUGGCUCAGCCUCCGGAUGGCAUGA